AUGACUAGAGAGAUCCUCGAGAGCCCACCAACUCCCGGGCAGUCGCUGGAUCCUGCUGUCAUGGUGCCACCUCCCUCCCCUCCUCCCCCUCCCCCUCCCCCCUCCUCCCCCUUCCCUUCUCCCCCCUCCUCCCCCUCCCCUUCUCCCCUCCUCCCCUUCUCCCCCCUCCCCUUCUCCCCCUCCCCUUCUCCCCCCUCCCCUUCUCCCCCCCUCCCCCCUCCCCUUCUCCCCCCUCCCCCCUCCCCUUCUCCCCCCCUCCCCUUCUCCCCUUCUCCCCCCUCCCCUUCUCCCCCCUCCCCUUCUCCCCCCUCCCCUUCUCCCCCCCUCCCCCCCCCUCCCCCCUCCCCUUCUCCCCCCUCCCCUUCUCCCCCCUCCCCCCCUCCCCCCUCCCCUUCUCCCCCCCUCCCCCCUCCCCUUCUCCCCCCUCCCCCCUCCCCUUCUCCCCCUCCCCCCUCCCCACCUCCCUCCCCUCUCCCCCCUCCUCCCCCCCACUCCCCCCUCCUCCCUCCCCUCUCCCCCUCCUCCCUCCCUCUCCCUCCCUCUCCCUCCCCUCCUCCCUCCCCUCCUCCCUCCUCCCCUCCCCCCUCCUCCCCCUUUCCCUUCUCCCCCCUCCUCCCCCUCCCCUUCUCCCCCUCCUCCCCUUCUCCCCCCUCCCCUUCUCCCCCCUCCCCUUCUCCCCCCUCCCCUCUCCCCCCUCCCCUUCUCCCCCCUCCCCCCUCCCCUUCUCCCCCCUCCCCCCUCCCCUUCUCCCCCCCUCCCCUUCUCCCCUUCUCCCCCCUCCCCUUCUCCCCCCUCCCCUUCUCCCCCCUCCCCUUCUCCCCCCCUCCCCCUCCCCCUCCUCCCCCUCCCCCUCCUCCCCCUCCCCCUCCUCCCCCUCCCCUCCCUCCCUUCUCCCCCCCUCCCCUUCUCCCCCCCUCCCCUUCUCCCCCCUCCCCUUCUCCCCCCUCCCCUUCUCCCCCCUCCCCUUCUCCCCCCCUCCCCCCCUCCCCUUCUCCCCCCCUCCCCCCCUCCCCUUCUCCCCCCCUCCCCUUCUCCCCCCCUCCCCCCUCCCCUUCUCCCCCCUCCCCCCUCCCCUUCUCCCCCCUCCCCCCUCCCCUUCUCCCCCCUCCCCCCUCCCCUUCUCCCCCCUCCCCUUCUCCCCCCUCCCCUCUCUCCCCCUCCCCC